AUGCUCUUCGCUACCAUUGUCCUCUUGGAGGCUCUUGCAGCUUCUGUAGCUGCACAUCCUAUUGUCAUCUCCCCCGACGUUUCCCCCGACGUUGCCCCCGAACGCCCUUACAACUGGGCGCCAGUGUUCAGACAUGGCAAACUCCCCAUCGCUAUUGAUAUCAAUGCAGGGGACGAAGUCACAGAUGAGCCCAACCUUCAACCUAGGGACGAGGCCGUGCUUGAUGCCCUUGACUUAGAUGAUCAAGAUGCGGGGAUGUCCAAUCAGCAGUACGACAAGGAGAUAACUGACGUCCCUCUCAAUAAUGCCCCUUCCAUCGCCUCAAGGGCCAAUAAGCCCUCGAAAACUCAGAUCAAGGCCGACGACAAGAAGUUUCACAGGGAUCAACUGAAACCGAACGACGCCAAAUACAUCAACAACCUCGACAGACUCAACGCUAAAAAGUGUGGUGGAAACUGCCAGAACUCCCUAAACUCUCAACGCUCCAGGAACAGCAAGGCGCAAAAAGUGAAGGAGGGCCAACCAAAGCUCCCCGGCUCAAGGGCAUCAAGAGGCGAAGUCAACACUAAGAAGGAUGAUUACAACCACGAUCUGAAUCACCUGCGCCAGGACAGAGGUGACUUAGGUGUAAACGGCCAGCACUCCCUCGACUCGUGGCAUUCAGUCGAAUCCGCCAACUCGAAGGCAUCGAGAGCAAAGAAAGCAGCAGCGAAAGGAGGUCAUCAUGGCUGA